AUGUCGCACACAGCCUUCUUCUACGGCACGCUGAUGGCGCCGCCCGUCCUGCACCGCGUCAUCUGGGGCUCGACGACGCCGCCCACGCCCGCCCACGCCUCACUGCUGCACAUCCGCCCCGCCAUCCUGCACGCGCACCGGCGGCACAAGGUGCGGAAUGCGGAUUACCCUGCUAUUCUGCCCUCGUCGCCGUCGGCUUCUGUGCGCGGAACACUGGUGCAGGGAUUGACCGACGGCGAUAUCUGGCGGCUUGAUAUCUUCGAGGGGCACGAGUAUGCGCGGCGAAGAGUGAGAGUGCGGCCGUUGGUGCAAGCGCAGGAGGAGGAUAAUGUCGAGAGCGAGGAGGAGGUCGAGGCAGAGACGUACAUCUGGGUUGCAGGCGCACACAGACUCGAGGCGGAGGAAUGGGAUUUCGCAGAGUUUGUGAGGGACAAGAUGAAGCGGUGGGUUGGGGGAGCGGUGGCAGAGAGGGAUGAGGGGUUUCAGGGUAAGGGCAGCUGA